AUGGUAACAAAAGAAGCAGCUAUGUCUUUCUCGCAAUUUGGAUACCCUUACAAUGCAACUUCACAGUUUUUCGUGUCGGCAAACCCCAGUACGACUUGCUGCGAUUCGAUUUCCAGGUCGGUCUCUGACGGGACAGGCGGCUCCCAGACCGCAGCCGCCGCUGCCGCCGCCUCCUUCUGCUGCCCGUCCUACGAGAACCGGCUCCUGGCGAGCAGCCGGACGGAGCUGAACGCAGCGCUGGGCAUGUACAGCUCUCCGUACGCAGCAGCGGCAGCAGCCAGCCAGAACUACGCCAACUACUUCCCCUACAGCACCGACCCAUCCGCGAUCUACUCUACUCUGAAUCCACAGUAUGACAUCAAGGACAGCACAGGCACUUUACACUCUGGCAUCACUCAAACGGCAGCGUACUAUCCUUAUGACCAUUCACUGGGACAGUAUCAGUAUGACAGAUACGGGACGGUUGACUUCAACGGCACAGCCAGAAGAAAGAACGCCACUCGUGAAACCACCAGCACCCUGAAAACAUGGCUGUACGAGCACCGGAAGAAUCCCUACCCCACCAAGGGUGAGAAGAUCAUGCUGGCUAUCAUCACGAAAAUGACCCUCACCCAGGUGUCCACCUGGUUUGCCAACGCCAGGAGGAGGUUAAAGAAGGAGAACAAGAUGACCUGGUCACCAAAGAAUAAGGCUGGAGAUGACAGGAAGGACGACCUAAACAAGAGUGAGCAGGACUGUGUCACCAAAGAUUCUAGUGAUUGCAAGGAGGAGAAGGAUCUGCACCUAAGUGAUCUGGAUGAUAUGGACGAGGAUGACUGUGACAAGCUUGACAGUGACUGUGAAAAGGCGGCUGCAGACGAACAGGACCUCCACAGGGCCAUGGCUGCGUCCGCAGCCCCUCAAAAAAGAGACUGCAGCUCUGACCUGCACCUGAGUUUAACCAACAGCUUCCACACUUUCCCCUGCGCCAUCAAAAGCGUAACUAACCUCCCUCCUCUCCCUUCUGACUUCCUGGACCCGGUGGUGUCCAAGGCAGCCUCCUCGGCCAGCCUUACUGGGACGGUGUCCUUGUCUCACUUUGAAGCAUCUGAUAAGCCCAGAAUUUGGUCUCUGGCUCGCACGGCUGCUUCGGGGGUCAUACUGAGCCCUCAGCAGCAGAACUCUGAGCAGCUGAGGACAGGAAACUCGAGUGGGGACUGCCAGCUCCAGAGCUCCAGGCUUAGCGGGGCUCCUGCUGGACAGUGCAGAGGCAUCAGAGGCCUCCAUGAAUCCAGCAGUGUGACCGACACUGAGAGCCCCUUCCCAGAGGGCUCAUCUUUGCACUCAAAGGUCUACGGCACAGGCAGCUACAGCCACAAAGACCUCCAGCUGCACUGCUCAUCCUAUGCUGCACUCCCAGAAACAUGCCAGUACUCCACUAUUGAAGGAUUCUCCAGUGGCAAAGCAGAGACACAGCCAUCUGACCUCAGCGAAGCCUGUGGGACCGUGCAGGAUGACAAGGUCACUGCAUUCAGACCGGUGAUGAAGAGGUGAAGUAGGUGAGGGU